AUGGCUGUUCCAUUUCUUCCGUUUGUGCUUAAAAAUCUCAACUCCUUGAUCCAAAAUGAGGUGGGAUUGCUCUGUGGAGUAAACACGGAGAUGAAAAAGCUUUCAAGCACUCUCUCCACAAUCCAGGCUGUCCUUGAAGAUGCAGAGCAAAAGCAACUGCAAGACAAAGUUAUACAGAAUUGGUUGAAAGAGCUCAAUGAUGCAGCCUACGAGGCAGAUGACAUCUUGGAUGAGUGCGCAACUGAAGCCCUCCGAUGUGAAUUAAAAAACCAAGGUUAUGGUUCUCUCAAGAAGGUAAGCACUUCGUUGAAUGGGAAAAGAUACCUGAUUGUAUUAGAUGAUGUGUGGGACGAGAAUCCAGACAAGUGGGAUGCGUUCAAGUAUUCACUAGCAUGUGGAUCAAAAGGUGCUUCCGUUAUCGUCACUACUCGUGUUGAUAAGGUUGCAUCAAUCAUGGGAACUAUUUCACCUCAUCGCUUGUCAGUUUUAUCCAAAGAAGAUUGUUGGUUGUUGUUCAGGCAACGAGCAUUUGGACUUGGAAAUGAAGAACGCCCAAACAUUGUCGCCAUUGGGAAGGAGAUAGUGAAGAAGUGCGGGGGUGUGCCUUUAGCUGCGAAGGCCCUCGGAGGGCUAAUGCGCUUCAAAAGUGAGGAAAAAGAGUGGCUUCAUGUUAAGGAAAGUGAAAUUUGGAAAUUACCGCAGGACAAAAAUUCCAUCUUGCCUGCCUUAAGAUUAAGUUACUUUUAUCUUCCAUUGGAAUCAAGACAAUGUUUUGCUUAUUGUGCCAUUUUCCCAAAGGGUUCUCAAAUUCGAAAGAGAGACCUAAUUCAUCUUUGGAUGGCUAAUGGCUAUAUUUCAUGCAAAGGAGGAUGGGAACCGGAAGAUAUUGGUGAUCAGAUUUGGAAUGAAUUAUGUUUGGUAUCUUUUUUCCAAGAGGUGAAGGACUACGGAAGUGAUGUAUAUUUCAAGAUGCAUGAUCUUGUGCACGAUCUUGCCCAAUCAAUUAUGAAGGGUGAAUGUCAAAUGAUCGGGUUUAACAGUUCAAGUGAUAUAUACAACGGAAAAGCUCAUCAUCUAACAUUGGUUGCCGGGCGCAAGGAAAAUUUUCAUAUCACAUUUCACAAAGUUGUAUCCUUACGGACAUUACGACAACAACAUUCAAAUUGCUUAUUACUAGAUGACUUAUUUUUGUGUGAUUUCAGAAUGUUUGGUUCACUGCGAGCUUUUGAUGCACCGGCCAGAGUGGCAGAGUUGCCACCUUCAAUUGGCAACGCAAAACAUUUGAGGUAUUUAAACCUUUCCGAUUCUGGUUUUGUGCGACUUCCUGAUUCAAUUUGUAAUCUCUUGAAUUUGCAAACAUUAAUCCUAGAACACUGUCACAAUCUUGAGAGAUUGCCCCAGAACAUGAUGUACCUGAGAAGUCUCCGGCAUCUUUUUCUGUCAGGGUGUCGGUUAAUUGAGAUGCCCCCAAAAAUUGGGCAGCUAACUAACCUGAAGACAUUAAAUGAAUUUGUUGUGGGUGAGAGCACUGGUUGUAGUCUCCUAGCUGAAUUGAAAUGCUUAAACCUUCAAGGAGAACUUUGUAUCUGGCACCUUGAGAGAGUGAGAAAUCCGAUGGAUGCAAAAGAAGCCAAUUUAGUGGGAAUGCAAAAUCUUAGUCAGUUGCAACUAAAGUGGGCAUGUGGUUUUGCUGAAUGUGAAUCACAGGAAGAUGUUAAAUCUCAGCUAGUACUUGAAGCCCUUCAACCUCAUCCAAACCUAAAGAAGUUGGACAUAAGCGGGUACAUAGGUACUCAAUUCCCGCUCUGGAUGAGGGGUUUAGAUCUUCAAAAUGUAGUUAAUAUCCGGCUCUCCAGGUGCAACAACUGCUUACAACUUCCACCGCUUGGACAACUACCUUUGCUACAAAGCCUUGAAAUUUCUGUAAUGAAAGUAGUGGGGUGUAUUGAAAACGAAUAUCCUGGCGGUGGAGGAUUCCCAUCUUUGGAAGAACUCACAGUUCGCUAUUGUCCGAAAUUGGAAGGUUUGUCAAGGGAGGAGGGAAGAGAGUUGUUCCCUCGUCUUCGUAAGAUAAUUAUUGCUUAUUGUCCUAAAUUGAGCUUCCCGCAUCUUUCGGCUCCCAAAAACUUGUGGUUUGUUGGCGAGUGUGCCAUGGUACUAAAUUCAAUAUCAAAUCUUAAUGGUCUCACUUCCCUCACUAUUGGUUAUGAUAACCAGAUGGUUUGUUUUCCAAAAGAGUUUCUGAGGAACCUUACUCUUCUUGAGUCACUAGUGAUUAAAAAUUGUGGUGAACUUAAACUGUUGCCUAGAGACCUUGCAAGCCUUGUCACAUUGAAGUCAUUGAAGAUCAAAGGAUGUCCAAAGCUCGAGUCUUUGCCAGAGGAAGGGGUACGAGGCCUUGAAUCUCUCCAAUCGUUGCACAUUAUCAACUGCUGUGAACUGGAAAGGCGAUGUAAGAAGGGAAAGGGGGAGGAUUGGUGCUGCCAUGCUCUUUGGGUCACGAUGGCUGCUGCUAGUAUUGAAGUGGCUGUGGCAUCGGAUGCUUUGUUGGUGGGAAGGUUUUGGGUUGUUCAUGGGGACUGGUUCUUCACUUAUUCCAACGAGCAGUGGGAAAAUAAAUUGGUAGAUGAUCCACCAGUUAGAGGAACAAGAUCACUUUCAGACAUCUAUCAAAGAUGUAAUGUAGCAUUAUGUGAACCUGCUGAUCAUGAAGAAGCUCUUAAAGACCCGAAGUGGAAGAAAGCAAUGGAGGAGGAGAUGUCAAUGAUUCACAAAAACAAAACCUGGGAAUUAGUCAACAAACCAGAAGGCAGAAGGAUCAUUGGAGUAAAGUGGGUGUAUCGAACGAAGCUAAAUGCUGAUAACUCCAUCAACAAACACAAAGCAAGGCUCGUCGUCAAGGGCUAUGCUCAAAUUUUUGGUGCUGAUUAUUCUGAAACGUUUGCUCCUCCAGAAGGUUUUGUUGUGCAAGGUGAAGAGGAUAAGGUCUAUUUGCUCAAAAAGGCUCUUUACAGCCUAAAGCAAGCUCCAAAAGCUUGGUACAGCAGGAUUGAUGAACAUUUGCUAAGCUUAGGCUUCACAAAAAGCUUAUCUGAAGCUACUCUUUAUGUUAAACAAAAGGGUAGUUAUGUUCUUAUUGUAUCUCUUUAUGUUGAUGACCUUUUGGUAACAGGAGAUAAUGCACAGAUGAUUGAGGAGUUCAAACAAGAAAUGAUGCAGGUCUUUGAGAUGACAGAUCUUGGUCUUAUGACUUACUUUCUUGGCUUGGAGGUCCAGCAAAGCCAAAAUGAAGUUUUCAUCUGUCAGAAGAAGUAUGCAAAGGAAAUUUUGAAGAAAUUUCAGAUGGAGGAGUGCAAAGCAAUAAACACACCAAUGGGUCAAAAAGAGAAGCUGAGCAAAGAAGAUGGUGCUAGUAAAGUUGAUGAAGGCUAUUACAGAAGUUUGAUUGGUUGCUUGAUGUAUCUUACAGCAACAAGACCUGAUAUUCUAUUUGUUGUAAGUCUCUUAUCUCGUUUUAUGCAUUGUGCUAGUGAAGUGCAUUUAAGAGCAGCAAAAAGAGUCUUAAGGUUUAUUAAGGGCAGUCUUGAUUGUGGUGUCAAUUUUGAGAAGAGUCAGAACUUCAAGUUGAGUGGUUUUUCAGAUAGUGAUUGGGGUGGUUCUGUUGAUGACAUGAAAAGUACCUCAGGAUACUGUUUCAACCUAGGCUCAGGUGUUUUUUCAUGGUGUUCAAAGAAACAAGAGAUUGUAGCGCAAUCCACUGCAGAAGCAGAGUUUAUUGCAGCAACUGCAGCAGCAAACCAAGCUCUAUGGCUAAGGAAAGUUCUAUCUGAUUUACACAUGGUGCAAAAUGAAGGUACUGAAAUUUUUGUUGAUAAUCAAGCAGCAAUUGCAAUUUCACGAAAUCCAGUAUUUCACGGAAAAACAAAACACUUCAACAUCAAGCUCUACUUCUUGAGGGAAGUGCAACAAACUGGAAAAGUGAAACUUGCUUACUGCAAGUCUGAAGAUCAGCUGGCAGAUUUGUUCACAAAGCCACUUCCAGUUGGCAAGUUCGAGUUACUAAGGAAGAUGAUUGGAAUUUGCAACGCCUAA